ACUCCACCCGUGCACGGCAGCUUAAGACGUUUUUACAAGCAUGCAGCUGAUUUCUGUUUCAAAUUGCCCGAUCAUGUGAGUUUAGAGGAAGGAGCGCUUUUAGAGCCAUUGUCAGUGGCAGUACACACUUGCAAACGGGCUGAAAUCGGAAUCAAUUCCAAAGUAUUAAUUCUGGGUGCUGGCCCGAUCGGUUUGGUGACGUUGCUGGUAGCCAAAGCCAUGGGCGCGAACAAAAUAGUUAUUACGGAUAUGUUGGAAAGUAGACUGAACGUAGCGAAGAAGCUCGGCGCCGACGGCACGUAUCUGGUGCAAAAGAAUAGAUCGGAGGAGGAUACAGUGGCUGACAUUCAUGCAAUCUUCGAGGGUGAACCUAACAGGACGAUAGACGCUUGCGGUGCACAAGCCUCCAUUCGUUUAGCGAUUUUCGCGACUGAAACCGGUGGAGUCGUGGUGUUAGUGGGAUUGGGUGCACCAGAGGUGCAAAUUCCACUGGUAAAUGCCCUGACGAGAGAAGUCAACAUCAGGGGUGUCUUCCGAUAUGUAAAUGACUACAACGACGCAUUGAAUCUCGUCGCGUCUGGCAAGGUAGACGUGAAGCCGUUGAUUACUCAUAAUUACAAGAUAGAGGAGACCAAGCAAGCCUUUGAAACCAGUAGGACUGGAGCAGGCGGAGCUAUUAAAGUUAUGAUCCAUUGUAAAUAGACGAAUCGCAAGAUUCUGAGUACCAAAUGCAACCGUAAGCUUCUGUGAGAAAUGAGCUACAUGUAAAGUUUUUAUAUUGCGACAUGUUAACUGAAUUUUGCUAUUUUUAUCAAUUAUUUUAAUUUGGCGUUUAACUUAAUCGAGAUAUGGAAAUGGAGAGACGUCUACAUAUAUUUAUAUCAACGUGGAUAUAUCGCAUUUUGACAGAAUGUUUUAACACCGAAUCUUUCACCACAUUAUCUCGUGUAACAUUGCAUUGUGCGAAAUGUUAAUUUAUAUGGGAUGCAUAAAAGCAUUUUUAAAUACCAUUGUAUAGAGCUCGCGUACAUACGUACACGUGGAUGCGCGACAAUGGCUCAAAAGAAUAGUGAUAUCCUUAUGCAAGAAACUACUGUAAUUGCGAAAAAAAACAUGCACACAAAACUAUAGUAAUUACUGUAAUAUUUACUACAGUUUCGUGUACUUUUUGUGUACCGCAACUACAGUAGUCUUUCUGUAGUAUUUUUUCGUAAGGGUGUAAGGAUCAAAGCGACUAGUGAAUUUUAGUUAACAAUACAAAUAAUGUACAUGUUUGGUGAAUAUUUUCCCAACAAAACAACGAUAUCUCUUAUAUGAUCAAUAAAGUCUUAUCUCUGAAUUUUUGUACAAAAAGAAGGA